CUUGCUUUGUCUUUCUGCAACCUUUUCUGUUCCCAAAUGCUCAUUCAACAUUUCUCACUGACCCCUCCAUCUUCUUCUCCCCAAAUCUGCUAUCUGCACCCAUCCCCAUAAACCUCAGCAUAAGAGGAUUGAACAAAAAACCAAAACCUAUAAAACCUAUGAAACUGAAACCUCGUCAACACAACAACCUCAAUUAACACUACCACCACCACCACAACCAUUUCAACCACCAUCUCCAACAAUGCAUCAUCUAACCAAAAAGAACAAACCUUUUCUAUUCCCACAAACAAAUUCCACUGUUCUCCCUGACCCCUCCAACUUCUUCUCCCCAAAUCUGCUAUCUACACCCCUCCCCACAAACUCUUUCUUCCAAAACUUUGUUCUCAAAAAUGGUGACCAACCUGAAUACAUUCAUCCAUAUCUCAUCAAAUCAUCAAACUCAUCACUUUCUGUUUCAUACCCAUCUAGAUUCUUCAACUCAAAAGUCAUAUCACAAGUGUUCAACCCUGAUUUCACUAUCACUUCCUCUACAAAAUGUUCCAAUGAGAAACACAUAAUCUCUUCUUACAAUGAUCUCAGUGUUACUUUGUAUAUUCCUUCUUCAAAUUUGAGAUUUUUUCUUGUUAGGGGAAGUCCCUUUUUGACAUUCUCUGUCACACAAUCAACCCCUCUUUCCAUCACUUCAAUCCAUGCAAUUCUCUCUUUUACUUCCAAUGAUUCUCUUACAAAACAUACUUUUCAGUUUAACAAUGGUCAAGUUUGGAUUUUGUAUGCUUCUUCAUCUAUCAGGUUGAGUCAUGGUAUUUCUGAGAUUGUUUCUGAGGCCUUUAAUGGCAUAAUUAGAAUCGCUCUGUUGCCGGAUUCUGAUUCGAAAACUGAAGCUAUUCUUGACAAGUUCAGUUCAUGUUAUCCUGUUAGUGGCAAUGCUGUUUUUGGAAAACCGUUUUGUGUUGGGUAUAAAUGGGAGAAGAAAGGUUCAGGUGAUUUGUUAUUGUUAGCAAACCCUCUACAUCUUCAACUUUUAUGUGAUAUUAUUGAUUGUGAUGUUACUGUUUUAACUGGUUUUAAGUAUAAAAGCAUUGAUGGUGAUCUUGUUGGUAUUGUUGGUCAUUCUUGGUUUUUGAAAACUGAUCCUGUUUCUGUAACAUGGCAUUCUUCAAAUGGUGUGACGAAAGAAUACCACAAAGAAAUUGUUUCUGCUCUUUUGAAAGAUGUUGAGGAUCUAGAUUCAUCUGCAACAACAACAACAACAACUUCUUACUUUUAUGGAAAAUUGAUUGCUAGAGCUGCGAGGUUAGCGUUGAUAGCAGAAGAGGUUUUCUUAUUUGAUAUGAUUCCAAAGGUUAAGAUUAAGAAGUUUUUGAAGGAAACUAUUGAGCCUUGGCUUGAUGGAACCUUUAAUGGAAAUGGUUUUCUAUAUGAUCACAAAUGGGGAGGGAUUGUAACCAAACAAGGCUGUGCCGAUUCCAAUGAUUAUAUUGGUACUGAAUUCUAUAAUGCUCAACUUAAUCAGUUAGGAUAUUUUCUUUAUGGUAUUGCUGUUCUGGUUAAACUUGAUCCAGAUUGGGGUAGAAAGUAUAAGUCUCAAACUUAUUCACUCAUGGAGGAUUUCAUGAACUUGAGCACCUGUUCCAAUCCGAAUUACACGCGUUUGAGGUGUUUUGAUCUAUAUAAACUGCAUUCUUGGGCCGGAGGCCUAACUGAGUUUGCAGAUGGAAGAUAUCAGAAGGGCACUAGUGAGGGUAUUAAUGCAUAUUAUUCUGCUACAUUGAUUGGUUUGGCUUAUGGCGAUGCUAAUGUUGUUGCAACUGGAUCAACCUUGACAGCUUUUGAAAUUAAAGCUGCUCAAAUGUGGUGGCAUGUUAAAAAGGGAGGGAAUAUGUAUGAGGAUGAGUUUACAGAAGCGAAUAGGAUGAUUGGUCUUGCUUGGUCAAAUAAGAGAGACAUGGAACUUUGGUUUGGAUAUCUUGGUGCUAGGCAAUGUUUGCUUGGUAUACAAGUUUUACCAUUGGUUCCUAUUUCUGAAGUGUUGUUUUCUGAUGUUGAUUAUGUGAAGGAUCUUGUUGAGUGGGCAUUGCCAUCAUUGGAAAGGGAUGGUGUAGGAGAAGGGUGGAAGGGUUUUUUGUAUGCUUUGCAGGGAAUCUAUGAUAAGGAAGGUGCUUUGGAGAAGGUAAGAAAAUUGAGUGGUUUUGAUAAUGGAAAUUCAUUUAGUAAUCUGUUGUGGUGGAUUCAUAGUAGAGGUUAAGGGGGUGCAAUGGUUGUGAUAAGAUAGUUAAGUUGUUUUGAUUAUGGAAAUUAAAUGGCAUGCAAAUUGCAUAUUCAUAUUCCAACAAGUUCCUUUUUUUAUAUUUUGUAGUGUUUAGAUUUUUAUUUUCUUUCUAAUUCAUCUUAUAUUACAAUUUUCUGUUGUUCUGGUUUAUUAGUCUCUUAGCGGCCAAUUUUUAUAAUUGAAGUUCUUGAA